AUUCAUAGAUCCACCGCUGGUGAGCUUAAACCUCCAUACUUAAUAUGCAGCUCAACUAUUUUGGGUCCAGUUUUAUUUAUCACCUGUGAGAAUGCAAAAAAAAUCAAAAACAGCAAAUUGCUGUCCAUCCAAUCCGUGCCAAAAGGAUAAGUGAAAACAAAACCGAAAAAGUCAAGUUCACGUUCAGCAAUGGGGCAUAAAGUCGAUUACGGGAGGGAAUGUGACAUGCAAGAACUCAUAAAAUCCAAAACUGUUCAAAUAAUAUAUAAAUCGAGCGGUGGCGUGAGUAGAAUCAUAGUUCAAUUGCAAUCUUCAACCGGUACACAUUACAAUCAAAAUCGAUCAACAUGUUCACCAAAUUGAUCUGCAUCGCCGCCCUGGCCAUCUCCUGCGUCUGUGCCAAGCCCGGAGUCGUCGCUCCCGUUGCCUACUCAGCUCCAUUGGCCUAUGCUGCUCCAGCACCAGCCUUCGUGACCGCCCAGAGCUCUCAGGUCAUCGCUCGUAACUACAACGGAGUGGCUCCUUUGGCCUACACCGCUCCGAUUGCUGCUCCUGUGACCUACGCCGCACCAGCUCCUCUGGCGUACUCGGCAGCGGCAGCUCCCCUAGCUUACACCGCUCCCGUUGCCAAGGUCGCCACUCCAGUAGCUUACUCGGCUCCAGCUCUGGCCGCUGCUGCUCCUCUGGCUUACACUGCUGCCGCAGCUCCUUUCGCCCGCACAUUUGCUGCUCCUUAUGCCGCUUCUCCUUAUGCCGCUCCGUUCGCAGCUCCCUACACCGGUUAUCCAUAUGUGCUGUAAGUUGUUGGAGACAAUUCGGGACUGAUUUUGUGAUGCAGUGACUGUAUACUAUUUAUUGUUGAGUGAGACUUGUAACAUUGUUACUGUUGCCAUAAUGGUUAAAAAAGCAGUGAAAUAAAAAUCAAUAGCGAAACAUACAC